GGUUAAGUGGCACGAAGACAGUCCAAUGGACUCCACAUUUUUCCCAUCUAUUCUGCAAGCUAUGCAAUUCCUAGAAACCAAACCUAACGCGAGUGAAGUUUAGCGAAACACAUCUGGCAACUUAGUCGUUUAUUUAUCAAAGUGUGAAGAAAUUAUUAAGUGUUUUGAGGGUAUAUGUUCCAGAGGAUAAAACAUCUCAAAAUUCUUAUGAGCAGUAAGGACCAUAUACAUAUGUGAAAUUGUGCCCAUAAAUUUGAAAUUUAAUAAAGCGUUUCUCUUUAUACCCGUGAGUGGUGAAAGCAAACUCUUCAAACGCGGUGGCGUGAAGAGCGUAAAAACACAGAUUUUUUGAGAACAGUGUAAUUUAACCCAACAAAAUAGAGAACCUACAAGAAUUUAAGAAAAUUAAACAUAGAAUGCCCACUAUAAGGCGAUGCUGCAUCGUUGGAUGCAUGUCAAAUUCAAGAUUAAAUCCGAAUUUGCAGUUUUUUCAAUUUCCCCGACCGGAAAAUCCCUUCUACAAGCUUUGGACUCAGGCUUGCCAGGCAUCUUUAAGUCGCAUACUGCCCUUUAAGAAGCCUGUACUUUGCGCCGAACACUUUCAUCCACAUUGCAUUGGAGGCCGACGCUUGACCAGCAGUGCGGUGCCAACUUUAAAGUUGGAGGUACCCACAAAUCUAAAAGCAGUGGAGCAGCAAGCCAUGGUGGAGGAAAUUGAGCGUAGUCGCAAAUGCGCCUAUAUAAACGCCGUUGUAUACGAAUGGCUUGUAAGAGCAAAUCUAAAUCCACAACUUCGUGGUUCCAUUACACAUGGUAUGAUCAAGGAGAAGGCCGAAACUGCCAAACAAAUAAUAGGCUGUGAAACAUUUACGGCCGAUAAUCGUUGGUUGAACCGAUUCCGGGAGAGUCAUUUGUCCGGUUUCGCUCAAAAAUUGGCCUCAAAUCAAUUGAAACCUAUGGGACCAUCACUCUGGAUCCCUGACAUUGUGCAAGACCUUCAACAUCUAUUUCCGCCCACCAAUGCUGAACGUAUGGAAAACUUCGAAAAUGUGCCCGAGCAAUAUAUCAAUUAUAUGAAGCAAUAUGGGGAAUAUGAAGAAGAUGAUGAAUCGGAACAAGAACAGCAACCUCCCAUGGGUUAUGGUAAUGAGCAAGAAAACAGUGGAUAUGGCGAACCAAAAAUGUCUCAUCAAGGCUAUUACCCACAGCAACACCAUGCGCCACAGAACUAUUACCAGCAGCCGCCUAUGCAUCAGGCUCCUCCACCCCAUCAUCAUCAGUCACCGCCGCCACCAACACCGCAGGUGCCACCUUCACAUGCGAAUGGGUACAAUCCUUAUGGUCAUCACGGAGGUGGAGGGUUACAUCAUCCUGCUUCGAGUUAUAAUGCCUAUCAUGACUAUUAUGCUCAUGAGAGGCAUUAUCAGCAACAACCGCCAGCACCACCACAACCACCACCAGCACCACAUCAUGGCGGAGUUUAUCCCAGUCAACCACCCAUGCAACAUCAACCGCCAGCUCCUCUCCAUCCGUUGCGUCCAAUGUCGCACUCACCAGCAAAUCAGCAACAAGAACAACAAAGGCUGCCAUCACCUCUUCAACACCAAACGCCCCCUCCUCAGCAGCAACUGGAACAACAACAGCAGCAGCAGCAGCGACAACCAUCACCUAUACAACAGCGACAACCAUCACCAAUACAACAGCGACAACCAUCACCUAUACAACAGCGACAACCAUCGCCUAUGCAACAUCAACAACCAUCGCCUAUGCAACAUCAACAACCAUCACCUAUGCAACAAGGACAACCUUCGCCCAUACAACAGCGACAACCAUCGCCUUUGCAGCAGCCCGUUAGGGAUUUAUCUCAUUCACCUCGGGCAUCCCCAAUUGAUCCCUUACAAAUUGAGAGGACAUUGUCCCCAGCAGUAAAACGGCCAAUGACCCAAGAUCCCAACGAAGACAAUUUACCCAAAAGUAAACGCUCUUCACCUAUAUCUAAUGGCUCUCCUAUCCCGCAGCCACCGAAAAGUAAUGAUAAUUUUAAAAUAAAAUUGCCACUCUUGAAUGGCAACAAGACCGGGCCAUCGUCUCCCGCUCCUGCUUCAUCUCCCUCAAAUGGCACCAACAGCAAUUCCCGAUCUUGUUCCCCAAAGUCUCAAACAGAAAAAGGCAACACUACAAAUGGCCGCAACAGUGCAGCAUUGCCAUCACCAGCUAGCAGUCUAGCUGAUACAAAUGGAAAUGUCAAGGAUUUGGAAACCUACGCACAAGCGUUGGAAUACUUGAAGCCUCUGGAAGAUUUUGCGCUGUUCAAAGAAAAUUUCAGAGCUAUUGGUCUCAUAUCGCAAUUGGAGAACAUAUUGAAAAAAAGUAUUAGGCCUCCUGCUGCCGCCAAACAAGUUAUAUCUAACGGUCUCAAUUAGUUUUAAAUUCCUAUAAAAUUAUGUUGUAAAUAAAAUUGUACUAUAUAUAUAAAAUGGAACUCA